AUGGUCGACGAUGUUCCACCGAUUAUAAAUAUUUCUAUCGCUCUAAAAAUUCAACCGAAUGAUGGACCGGUGUUUUUCAAGGUGGAUGGGACCAGAUUCGGCCAGAGCAGGACAAUAAAAUUGCUUACAGGGUCGAAGUAUAAGGUUGAAGUGGUUAUGAAGCCGGGCAAUGCUGAUGCCGCCACCAUGAACAUCGGAGGUAUCACUCUCCCUCUAGAGCAGCAGUCCAAAGAUGAGGAGUCAGUGGUGUACCAUGGACACUAUGACUCAGAGGGAGUGCCUCACACCAAGAGUGGGGACAGGCAACCUGUCCAAGUCAGCAUAGAGUUUGGAAAGGCGGGCCAAUUCGAGACGAUAUGGCAAGUGAAGUACUAUAACUACUACAAGCGAGACCAAUGCCAGUUUGGGAACAAAUUCACCAAUAUCGAGUACGAAUGCAAGCCCAAUGAGACGCGCAGCCUGAUGUGGAUCAACAAAGAGGCGUAUAAUUGA